AUGUGGCUGCUGCUGUUCCUUUCAGUUGCAGCCGGCUACAGGGAGGAUGUAGCCUUGGAGCUGGACACGGACACAGAGGUCAGCCGCGCCAUUCGGCACCACGACCAGCUUCGGAACGCUGCAAGCCUUGCUUCCCAUGAGCAGGGCACUGCACACGCCUUCUCUGAGCUUCAUUUCUCGGAGAUGGCCGAGCUCAUCAGCGACUUCUCAUCUCCAGUUUGGACCGCUACAGCAGAGAAUAUUGCAUCCUCGAUGCUUCACGAGCAGCGCCUGAAGGCAGGUUUCCCCAACGGCCUCCACGACGUGCAGCCGAACUCGGUGCUGCAGCUUGGAGACGAGACAAAUCUCACGGAUGAGGAAGCGAUAGACAGGGUGAUCCGCCAUGGCGUGCUUUCCCAGCGGCAACGCCAGGCGCUGGCCCGGGAGCACUUGACCGUGCAGCGUGCCAUAGCCAAGGUCCUUCACCUGGACCUGGACUAUGUGGGAGGUCAUGGUGGCUCUUUUGCCCAGAAUCUUCAAGGGCACCGCCAUGGCCACCACCAUCGACACAAGCGAGGCAGGGCCAAGGCCUCCUCCGCUCCGGCCGAGGGGCCCUCCGAUGCAGGCGAAUGCCUUGCCCAGGUCGGAACCGGCCUAGACAAGGAUGAGUUGAAAGCGGUGUUGCAGAAGAAGGAGACGACGGCCAACAUCGGAUUGGACGUUGUGAAUAAGAUGGAGAAGAACCUGAAGCAGACUGUCACCGAAGGGGUGACGAAUGCUUCGCAGGCUCUGUACAACUUUGUGACUAAGCGGCUGGUCUGGACGAUUGCCGUGAAGGCCUUCCCGAUCCCUUGGGCGUGGCCAAGCAUUCUUUUCGGCUGCGGGCCGCUGUAUCAGUGCAUCAAGGAGCUAGUCGUGAUCGUUGAGCCCUUGCGCCAGCUCAUCUGGAAAACAGUUGCGGCCAUGGCGAAGCUAGUGAAUUGGAUGCUUGACACCUUCACGAGCUACUUCGGAGGCGAGAAGAAGCAAGUGGCUGAACCAAAUGCCGACCUGGAGCCCAACCUGCACCAUCUCUUCAGUGAUGCAGAGAUUCUGGGGCUGGACUGCAUUAAGUGUUCCGCGAGACUUGCUGCCGGUAUCACCGUCGAUGCGAUUCCUCCCUUAGCCGUCUCAGUUCUGACCAACUCUGCGACGAUCACGGAGAUUGUUGGCUCAGAGAACAACGUGGUGAAGCAGUGCUAUGGCACAUGCCUGAAAAAGCAAAUGCAGGUCCUGAAUCGCAUUAUCACUGGAGGAGGCAAGGCGGACACGGACCAGUACUUCAAGCGUGGCAACUGCAACCAGCACGCAGUCGGCAUGUGCCUCGUACUAGAGAAGACACGGGAGUGCAAGAUGGAGGUCCUGGCAGACGGCAAGCUCAGAACAGAGGCAACCUUCAAGGAGGGUGCGGACGCACAGCGCAACGUCUGCAACGCUCUGAAGGGCGUUCACCUUCACCUCAUCCGAGACGAAGAGAGGGGCAUCAUCUGUCCUGAAAACAAGCACAAAGGGAGCAAGAUGGACUUGGGCCAUGCCUGCCACAAAGUGAUGGACGAGCUCAUGCUCUACAACCAGAUGUGCGAAUCCCACGAAGAGGAGCAGGGCUGGACCUCCUGGGCCCUGACAGGAGGCACGGUUCCUCAGUACAAGGACGAGAAGCCGAUCAAUUCCUGGGAUGACGCAAAGCACAAGUGCCUCGAGCUUUUCGGCUGCACAUCCCUGUUGACCAAGCCCGACAAGCCAGAUGUGCAGAGAGGUCUGGAAGCUUUCAAAAACGUUCUCAAAGGGAUCUUAGACAGUGCUCCGCGAGACUUCGAAAGGGAUCAGAUCAUGAAAACCGUGGACGAGUGGAGGUCCAAGUCUAUGGCCGGAGCGGAUGCCUUCGAGAUCGUCGCACAGGAGUGGGUGGCGCACGAGAGCGAGGAAGAGCGCAUGGCCUGGGUCCGAGACGACGAGAAGCUCAAAAAGAUCUUCGAGCAAGACGUUUGGAGGGACCACUGCUUCGCAUUUGGCAAGCCCAUGACCACCGAGUUCGAUAGCUUGUACAAGAACUACGCAAAGCCGGACAUGGCCUUCUUCGAUGCCCUCACGCGGGAGAUGGGCCUCACG